AUGAAAGAACGCGUUGAGCUGAAUAAUAAUGGACGGUCAAUUGAGUCACAUUGCAAAUAUUUUGAAAAGAAAAAGGUUUGAGUUUUUGGCUUUUUUUUUUUGGUUAAAUUGGUGGGAGAACAGGCCGCAGAGGGUUGCACAACUUUUCCUAUCAAAAAAUCAACAUAGAUACUUUUGUUAUAGAAAAAUUAAAUUUUGAAUUUACCACCAGAAAAUCUACAUGGUUCUGUUUUCACGGUGCGCUCUUUACGUCGCCUGAACGAAAGACCCGUCGUGAAAUUUGCUGGAGAGGAGAGAAAACGCGCUCUAUUGCAAUACGCUCAUUCUUCGUGGCAGCCCUUUUGUGUGUAUAAACAAUUUCGCCGAUGCCCUCAUUACCUCAUCAUUUUUUUUCGCUUGUUUCCUCUUUGUCUUUGACAUUUUCUACUCUACUCCUUUUUUUACAACUGGGUCUUCCGUAAUGAAAAGCGCGCCGUGAUUUAACAUCAAAUAAUUAUAAUUGUUUCUUUAAAAAUUGCUUUAAAACAUUUUCAAGGCGUCCUAAUUACAAUUCCCAGCUGGGGAAAUCCACCAACACAAAAAACUUACUCAUACUGAAUUGCUUCUUCCAUUUUUCGGUAUCUUCCAAUGGAAUUAUCAUAAUCCUUCUCUCGCUCCCAGAAGUCCCCCCAAAUGCUUCUUUCAGUGGGAGACUCGAUAUGUUGUGUGCAAAAAACAGAGUGAUCUGGAAUCUCCAAUUUUUAUGCUUUAUAAACAGAAGAAAGAUCGACAGAAAGAUAAAAUAAAACAAACUAUCAUUUUGCAAAAUUAUAUCGGUUUUGAGAAAAGUAAGUUAAAGAAGUAUUGUUUUUGCAGAGAAAAAUAUAUUUUUUGAAGGUUUCACCCUCAAAAACAAAAGCCAAACUUUAACAAUUAUGACCAAGGAUCAAAAUAUUGUUUUGGCUUUUCAAUUACCAGAAACUUUGCUACAAUGGGAAACGUGGUUCAAAAAUAUUGGUGGACAAUGUAAGAAUUAUUUUCGAAAACAAAAAAACAUUUUAAUCCAAAAAACCUUUUUCAGGCACUACACAUUAUAUGCAACUGCUAAAAUUCCCGAAUCAAAAAGAAAAUGCGAGUUUUGUGAAUAAAGAAGUGAGGUGUCAUUUACACGUGAGUAAUUUAUGAAUAUUUUUGAUCUUAUUUGAAAGUUGAAGUGAACAAAAGAGAGAAAAAACGAAGAAAACAAAUGGGGGAAAUGUAGAGAAAUGAGGAGAAGUAUGUACUUCCGACCAAAGAAUUUUGCACAUUUUUGGAAGAAAUAAUGAGUUUCGAAAAAUGGAAGGAAAAUUUUUCGGAAAAAACAGACCGAAAUCAUAGGUUUGCCAUUGAGAUGAAUGAAAAAUGACUCAUUUUUUGAAUGUGUCCGAGGAAAAUUGUUAUUUUUUCUUGAGAUUUAGAAAAGCACGAUGAGUGAACAGGAUUAUGAAAUAUGAGUAUUUCAAAAUAUAGAGUGUGUUUAUAUCAUUAAAAAGGGAAUGUGAAAACAUUUCAGGACAAUCGUCUUGCUUUGGUGCACGGCGUGCCUGCAGAAACUCUACUUUAUUGUGAAAUCGCUGCAGCCAAUAUAACAAUUGAUGAACCAAAUUUUUUGGUGACAGUUCGACCUCAUCAUAACAGCGAUGAAGAAUUUGUACUUUGCUGUCCAUCAAUCAAAUAUUUCGCUAAAUAUAAAUCGAUUUGUGAUGAAGGAACGUUGAAUAAAAUGAUGAAAAAAACACAAGAAGGCGUCUGGAUGACAAAUGUAAGGACUGAAAAAGAAAAUUCUUUGCGAUUAUGAUGGUUUUUUUUCAGAUUCGAAGUAAAUUGCGAGCGCAAGAUUCGAUAUCUCAUUUAUCAGAUACUAUUAGUGGUAUUUUCAAUUUGAUGAAUAAUCAACCAUCAACAUCUGCAAAUCCUAGUGAAUUAUUUUCGUCAAGGUGAGUAGCUUGGGAAACUUCGAAAUUGGAAGAAAGAAAAUAUUAUGUAAAAUGGAACAGGACCUAUAGUUUUAAUGAAUUCAUUCUGAGUUUUCCCAAUAAUGUUUUUUUUUCAGACUGAACAUCAACUACUGGAAGUCCAAGAAACCUCGAAACAAUUCUUUAUUCGAACAACCAUUAGUUGACUAUAUGAACAUGACACCUCCGGAAAAUCAAGGUUUUUCAUUAUUCUUAUUUUAUCAUUAGUUUUCACAACCAAAAUUUUCCAGUUAUCCCGGAUGACCCAAAUAACAAAAUACGAAGUACAAGUCUACCUGAAUAUGUCAAUAUCCAAAUUCGUCAACCGUCCAACACAUCAUGUGAGUUUUUUUUAAUUAGCUGAAAAUCGUUUUAUUGAAAAAUUUCAGAUCAUGAAAUAAUCCAAAGGAAAGCGUCUACGAUGACAAGUCCAAAUGAGAGUUCGAGGUUUUCAACGUUGAACAACAAGAGAUUCGCUGAUAAUCGAAAUUCUACGUAUGUUUGAAAAAUUUGGAUAAAAGUCAAUGAUAAAAUUAUAUUUUUUGCAGAAAAGGUCGAUCGAUGAUGGAUUUUUCAUCAUUGUCCUAUGAAGACAACGAGAAUCGCUACGAAAAUUGGAAAAAAGCUAAGAAAUUCAUUUCAGCAUUCAGCCCUAAAUCACAACAAGAUCUGAAUAGGAAUGGAAGAGUUGGAAGUACCAGUAGUAAUAAGAAAAUCAAAAAAUCAUCGAGUACAAGUGCUUUGCAUUAUGAUAACUCAUUAAAUGUAUGUUUGUUUAUUUUGAAAAAAGUGAAAUUUCUAAUUCAGAACAUCGGAGGGUUGGCAGCAAGUUCAAUGAGUGAGUUAGACGAACUUCCACCAAGUUUGAAUGUAGCUGUAUCGAAUCCUAGCACGAUGAUGAUAUUCAGGGAGCAUAAGGUGAUAUUUGAACUUCGAAAAACGCAGAGAUAACUUUGAAAACUAUUUUCAGGAAAGUGAGGAAGCUCCAAAUGGUUUGGUUCGAGUUCGAGAAGAUAACACAUUGAAAGCUCGUGGUGGUGUUAAUAUUGUUCUUGCUAGAAGACUCCAAUCAAGUGUCAAUGGAUCAUAUUCAGUUAGUUCUAAAGAUCAAAAAUUGUGUUAUUUUCCACUAUUUUCAGAAAUACGAUGGUGAACGAAUAACUCAUCAAUAUACCCAGAAUAGUGCAAACAAUGAUUUAUUGAACAGAUUGGGAAGACGAACAGUGACACCUGAAAUUAAAUUUGAUUCUGCUGAAACCACAGACGGUAAGAAAAAUGUGUCUUUCCUUAUGUAUAGAUUGUGUGUUUUUUCCAGCUAUCGAGACUGCAAUUUCGAGAGAAAGAGACAAGUUGAAGCUAAAUGAAAGAAGAGGAUCUUCCAUCUCAUUUCAAAAGGUUGGUAAAAUCAACUAUGUAUUGUCAAAAAUUCUAAACAUGCAAUAUCUCAAAAAAUGACGAAUGUUGAAAAAAAAAUGAAUAAGUCAUGUUUUAAUUAGUGAGAAAGAAUAUGGGUGGUCCAAGAGUUCAAAUUUUGCUGAAUUAUAGUGGAAAAAUCAGAUUUAAUUAAAAAGUCGUUUCUUUUCACAUUUAUAUCCAGAAUCUGUACAAUUUUAUAUGCUCUGGUUAAAUCCAAAAAAGUUCCUUGUCAAACUGCACAUUCCCACGGUGUUUUACAUUUUUGAAAACACCACGAGGUUCUUCAAGAAAUGAUCUGUUUUCUAAAAAAUAUGAUUGUCUCACAAGGAUUAUUACAAUUUAUCGACUGAGAAAGUAUAUCAACAUUUUUUUCAGAAUAUGCAAAUCCAUCUUCCUCUUCCAAGCGAUUUCGAAAGAAAAAUCCUGGUCGCUCCCAGCAACAUCAACAGAGGACCAAGAAACUCAUCCUAUGUUGAAACAGCAAGGUUUGUCGUGUUUGAAAUUCACAAGUGUUUUGUUUUUUUCCGGAAUUCUUGAUUUGGUGUAUUUUGCUUUUCACACACAUAGUUUUUCGUAACUGAUGUUUUUCAUAGCCGCACAAAAAACGAGUCUAGUUUCAUCUUUUCAUCUCUAUUCAUUUAUGUGAAAAGAAUAUUCUAUUAAUAGAAUAUUUUCAUGUAGUUUGCUCAUCACAUUUUCAUAUUUUUCCAGUCAUUUGUCAUCAACCGAAUCAUUAUCAUCAGAUGCUCGCUCAAAAAUAUCAAUCAAAAAACGUAGCAACUCACCACCUCAUCUUAUUGCACCUACAAUUCUUCCACGGCAAGCGAGUCAACGAACUCUGGUUUGUUACUUGUUUUUUUUUCAUAUUUCAUAGUAAAUCAAAUUAUUGUUUUUUUUUCUAGAUGUUUUUUUGCUUAUUUUUUUUUCAUAUUUUCAGCUGCAAAAACAAUCAUCAUCAUCAACUGAUUCAUUAAAUUCACAGAAGACCACUCGAACAAAUUCAUCAGUUAAAUUGCCAGUCAGAUUGGUUACCAAUAAUUCAUCAAGUAAGAAAUGGAUUGAAAAAUAAGAACUUUGUAGCUUUUGGUCUUUAGAGAAAGCACAAACUUCAGAAAAGUCAAAGGCUAUUUUUAAAUUGGAUUAUCCCAUGAACAUUUAUAAUCUCGGAUUAACCAAAAAUUGCAUGUUGUUUUUUUUUAGAAAUGUCAAAUUGUUUGAUCUCAUUUAGUAAGUACAUUUUUGCAGGCAGCGAAGACAGUUCAAGUGGAGCCAAUAAAUCACCAAAUAUUUAUAAUCAACAAAUUGAGCAUCAACUUCAACACAAAUCAUUGAGUCGCACAUCGUCUCGUCGGAUGUCUGAAGUGAGUUCCAAGAAAAAAGUUAAUUAUUUGUUAGUUAUAUCCAUAUUUUCCCAGGGUCAAGGAAGUAAUCUUUCGUCUGAUACAACACCGGCAAGAAAAGGAUAUUUCAAGAAAAACAACAAAAUGCGACGAAGCCAUCGAACACUUAACGAUUCACAGUGUUAA